AUGAAAUUGCAGUCACAUCCCCCCCGCUGGGGGUGCCAACGGAGGGCUCGCAGACUUUGCCUGCUGAUCACGGCCUGCCCUCGAGCCUCUUCCUGCCCGUCGGGCCUAGCCCCGCCGCUUCUGCUGCGGGGACGCCGCGCACGGGCAGUCUGGCAGGGUCCAUCGACCUGCUGGGGCCCAGCACGUAUGCAGGCUCACCUGCACCCUCGCUGA